CACGGGGGCGCCAUAGAGUUUACACACUCCGUUUCGCUAAAGAUGUGAAAAUGGCGGAGCUACAAAUGCUUCUGGAAGAGGAGAUUCCAGCAGGAAGAAGCGCGCUGUUAGAUAGUUUCACCAAUUUGGAAAGAGUCGCAGAGUACUGCGAGAGCAACUAUGUCCAGUCUCCAGACAAGCAGAGGGCACUGGAGGAGACUAAGAACUACACCACCCAGUCUCUGGCCAGCGUAGCCUACCUAAUCAACACACUAGCCAACAAUGUCUUGCAAAUGCUGGACAUCCAGGCCUCGCAACUCCGCCGCAUGGAGUCCUCCAUCAAUCACAUCUCACAGACUGUGGAUAUACACAAAGAGAAGGUAGCCCGGCGGGAGAUUGGCAUCCUCACUACUAACAAAAACACAUCCCGCACACACAAGAUCAUCGCCCCAGCCAAUCCAGAGAGGCCUGUGCGCUAUAUCCGCAAGCCCAUUGACUACAGCUUGCUAGAUGACAUGGGCCAUGGAGUCAAGUGGUUGCAAAGGUUUAAGGCCAGUGCUCAGAAUAUGAAGGCAGGAGGAGGUGGACUUCCUCGCACUAACCCCCCUACACAGAAGCCUCCCAGUCCACCAUUGACAGGAAAAGGGACCCUUGGGCGACACUCCCCCUAUCGGACACUUGAGCCAGUGCGUCCGCCCGUUGUCCCUAACGACUACGUCUCGAGCCCGACGCGCAACAUGGCGCACCCUCAGCAGAGCCCUGCACACACUGCAUCUGUUAAUCAGAGGAACCGCACGUACAGCAGUGGCAGCAGUGGAGGCAGUCACCCCAGCAGCAGCCGUAGUAGCAGCCGAGAGAAUAGCGGCAGUGGCAGCGUGGGCGUCCCCAUUGCUGUGCCCACCCCAGCCCCACCCACGGCCUUCCCAGGUUCAGCCCCUGCCCCAUCUAAUCCAACUAAACCACCCCCAAAUGCCACUACUACUACCAUAACCCCUGGACCUCCCAACUCUGCUGUAGAUGGCCCCCCACAGGCCCCUAACCUCCCUUUAGAGAUCCCAUCUGUACCUGUACCCCCACCCCUGCCCCCGCCCCAGUUGCCUGCUUCUGCAGCCCCCACUGGCCAUGGUCCUACCACUUACAACAACCCUGCACAAGGUGCUCCUCAGUUUUAUAGCAUGAACCGACCAAUGCAGCAGCCCCAAAACGCACAGGUGGGAGGCUCCCUGCCAUACCGCCGGCCCUCAUCUGUGACCGGUCAGCCCAACAUGGUCCACAAUCAGAUCAAUCAGGUCAACGGUGGUCCGCACUUUGUUCAGAACCAAGCAGGCCCACUCGCACCCCCUCCCCCCUCCAUGCAGAUCACUCCUCAGCUGCCUCUUAUGGGCUUUGUGGCCCGAGUUCAGGAGACUAUCUCAGACGUGCCACCACCACCUCCACCUUCUGACGAACCGGUGUUUGAGGAGCCUACACCACCACCUCCACUACCAGAGGACUACGAGGAUGAUGAGGAUGAAGAAGAGUCUGCGGUUGUAGAGUACAGUGACCCUUACGCUGAAGAGGAUCCACCAUGGGCCCCACGCACCUAUUUAGAAAAAGUGGUGGCAAUCUACGACUACACCCGUGACAAAGAUGAUGAGCUUUCUUUCCAGGAGGGAGCCAUUAUAUACGUGAUCAAGAAGAACGAUGAUGGCUGGUUUGAGGGUGUGAUGAAUGGGACCACUGGCCUAUUUCCUGGCAACUACGUUGAGUCCAUCAUGCACUACGCCGACUGAACAACACCUACCAUAGAAGCAUAGAAACGAGAAGAGUGUUUGUAGGGGGGAGGGAAGGGAGUGUUAAUGGUCAGAAACUUUAAUGACACAGAGGGUGAUCACCUCCAGGCGCAAAGAGGAAAGCAAAAAGUGGGAGAGAGGGAGACAGCUCUUACAGAAGUUGUAACGUGACAAACUGAUACCCAGUUGUUCUCUUGACAUAGUCUCCAUUGUAAAACAACCACUACUCUAGAUAUAAUAUCUGUAAUAUUUCUUUCAUAUAUUUUCUUUCUUUGUUUGGUUCACUGUUUUUCCCUAAUUUUGAGCACUAUUUAUUUGGAUUCAGUAGUGGUGUAUAUGGUGAGCAGGUUAAGAGGUAUGUAGUUCAGAUCUCUUUGCGACAGCCUUGGUCAAAGGGCUGGAGAUUGCCUUUAUGUUUAUAUUUUCUCUAACUCUCCAAGUGACAUUCUACAGAGGAAUACUCUAACUAUAUAUAAAGUAUAUUGCAACAACAAUAUCUUUGGAGAGAACAACUUACUUGACAAAACUUGCAGUCGGGUACCUCAGCGGGGGGUGUGCCAAAGCUGGGAGAUAAGCACAUCAAAUGUCUUAAGGUGACACACUCAAAGCUAGAUAACAGUGAGUCUAAGAGCAGAGGGCUUUAAAAGAACACUUUUUUGUUCAUCUUCCCAUCUCCACCCCCUCAAAUUUGUUAAGUUUGAGCUUAAAGCAGUGAAUUUGGUCACUAUGGGGCUCACUUGUUCUUGGCCAGUGUGCGUUUUCAAAUGAAGGAUUGAUCAUCCCGCUCUUGAAUAUGAGAUCUCUUCAAUUGUGCAAACACCUGGAGUCCUGCUCUGCAAGUCCUGUGAUGAAUAACGGAAACGUAUCCUUUGUGGUGUUCACAUGCUUUUGAGAUCUUAAUUUUUCAUUCACAUUUUGGCAAAGGGGUCCAGAUUUAAGUUUUGUUUGCAAAGAUGCAGAUUGCAUGGUUCAACAAGGAUAUCGUUUGUUUUUUUUCUCCAAUGCUGCAUAGAUGAUUAUUGUCUUAAUAUUUUUAGAUAUGGUGUGGUUUGGUUUUUGAUAUUCACCCACAAUGACAGCAAUGCAUUUAAGUCAUUUCUAAGAUGCUUGUGCCAUAUUGAAGUGUGUGUUGCUCUUCAGAGGUUAAUCACUUAAUUUGCAAUAAAUUGGCCAAUAUGGGUUGGAUUAUCUUCAAACAUUUUAUUUCAAUUAUCCCAAUAAAAAGCACAUACAUUUGUAGUAAAAAGGUGUAGAAGAAGAAAUAUAAAUGUGAGAUGUAUUAUGUCCUCAAAACAGGACCUACUGAAUAAAGAAGCCAGCUGUUGUGUUGAAAUGGUUUAACUGUCGCAAGCCCCUGAUACUGACGCCAUUAAUCUAGAUGUGGUUUGUCCAUAUAGUUUCAGGUACGCUUGGCCAUCGGGUCUUUGCGAGGACUCAGUGCUUGUACUUAUGUCAGAAUCUUUAUUUUAUAUUUAAAAAAAAAAACACAACAAUAAAAAAAAACAAGUGGGUCUGUAUGUAAGUCUUGCAUGCCAUUGUUCUUAUCUGUACUGGUGUUCCAAAAACCUAUGUGGAAAGAUCACCCAUUCUAAAAAAGACGAGCAGCCUUGCAGCUUUGAACAGGUUCCACCAGCCUCAUCCAAAGAGACUGUAUAACUUAACUUCAAACUCACUCUGACCUGUAGGGAGGACGAGUACCUGAAUCCUUUCUAACCCCUUCCUGUGGCAGCUGUGGACAAUCGUGUGUGUAAGCUGCUAGUGAACCCUGCAGAUAGAUAAACCUGACAGGCAGGAGAUGACUGAAUGUCCACUAAUAGGUUGACACUAACAAAAAUCCCACUUGUGGCCCUCGGUCUGCAGGAUUCAGAGACAUCCCUCAGGAUGUCAAGUUUAACAGUCCAUAAUGCCAUUGUGUUGCACAGUUAAGGUAAAUUGCAGAAGUAUCAUAUUUGUAAAAUCAUGAGAACAAAGAAAAUAAAGUUAUUGAGAUUUAUAA